AUGCCUGACAUCACAACGCUACCGCGCUACCCACCCGCCGCUGAUGGGCAGCAGAGUGAAGAGGCUAUUCCCAGCCAUCCACUAGGGGUUAAGCCCAGUGGAAAUGCCCUGCUAGCAACAUGGAGUCUUCGCGAUGCUAUAGGCUCUUUCCGACUUCUCCCCGAUGAGCUGAUCCUGUUGUUACUGGAACACUUGGACGGUUCGAGCCUACUGGGAAUUGGGCGGACUUGCAAGGCCUUGUAUGCAUUCACUCGUGCCGAAGAAUUAUGGAAGGCGCUCUUUGUUGAAUCCCCGGUGGAAAACUUUACAUGGAGAGGGACAUGGCGAUCGACAUAUCUCAACCUGCCAGCCUCGAAAGCCCCGGUGAUUGACUGCUCUCAUCUUUACUCGGAUGUUCUCUACCGACCCUUCAACUGCGCACAUAUCACGCUGGAUCCAUAUGUGACGAAAAUUCCGGCGCGCAACCAAAUCCCGCGUCUGCCGGACCUCUCUCCAGAGGAAUUCCAUGCUGAGUGGGCUGACCGACCAUUCGUUCUAACAGAGCCCGUGAAGGCCUGGCCAGUUUAUAAGAACUGGUCUGUCGGGACCCUGCUCUCUCGAUAUGGACAGGAGAAGUUCCGCGCGGAGGCGGUCGACUGGCCACUCCGUACUUAUGGCGACUACAUGGCGGAUAACUCGGACGAAAGUCCGUUGUACUUGUUCGACCGUGCCUUUGUCCCCAAAAUGGGGCUAGCUGUCGGUCCGCCCGACUCGACCCCCGACGCCGCAUACUGGCCGCCAGCAUGCUUCGCGGAAGACCUCUUUUCGGUGCUCGGUAAUGACCGGCCCGAUCACCAGUGGUUGAUUAUUGGUCCCGAGCGCUCGGGCAGCAAGUUCCACAAGGAUCCCAAUGCGACCAGCGCCUGGAAUGCGGUGCUACGCGGACCCAAGUACUGGAUCAUGUUCCCGUCGGGCGAUAAGCGGCCUCCGCCACCGGGUGUGUAUGUGUCUGAUGAUCAGAGCGAGGUGACUUCGCCGCUGAGUAUCGCCGAGUGGCUACUCAACUUCCAUGCAGAGGCACGACGCACCCCUGGCUGCAUGGAAGGAAUCUGCGGCGAGGGCGAGAUCCUUCACGUUCCAUCUGGUUGGUGGCAUCUGGUGGUGAACCUGGAGCCGUCCACCGCAAUUACACAAAAUUUCAUCCCCCGGGCGCAUCUUGGCGCCGCGCUGGAUUUCUUAUCUAACAAGGCAGACCAGGUUUCUGGAUUCCGAAGGAAUGUCGAGAACCCCUACGAGAAUUUUGUGAAUGGUAUGCGUGAGGCGUACCCAGAGCUUUUGGCGGAGGCCCUAGAAGAGCUACAGAAGAAGUCAGAAGGGAAGAAACGCAAGUGGGAAGACAUCGUCCAUGGAAAGACAGAAGAAGCCGAGAGCGCCACAGGAGGCUUCAGCUUUGGAUUUGGAGAUGACAGCGACGUUGAAGUCCCCUGA